AUGACGUUUAAGAUUUCACAUGAUAAGGGGACCUUCUUACCUCCAACCCUGGAUGCAAUCAUGGGGACAGAGCAAACCUUCAUCUACACACUACAACUGUGCCAAAGGCCUAUAUAUGGCAGCCGGAAAAUGACAGAACAGUUAGUCAAGCAGUAUCCGCCUGUGUUCCAUGCGUUGGCUAUGAUGAACGGCUUGCAGCAUUUGCGAAUCUCCUGCGAGGGUCAGGUACCAAGCCAUCGCCACGCCCAGAUCCGCAAGCUCACGGUCCAUUUGACGAGUUUCGGCCAUGAGCCAGGUCAACCGACAGACCACCUCAAGCUCUUUCAUGUAUAA